CCGCUAGAUUAUUGGACCCCGUGCCUCGCCGAAGGAAAGAACCUUGUUUUACCAUGCAGACGGUGUUUUAUUAGCUAUUUAAUUAAUUCCAGGGACUUUCGGCGACAUAAUAUUGUAUUUUAUGGAAUCCAAUUAUUUAGAAUUGUUGUAUCGUUGCCUCCUCUGUCUGGUUUCUGGUUGAGGAAAGAGAAUCGCAGUUAGCGUUGUUGAGAGUUGAGGAACAACGGCAGCUUCCCGUGCUUACUUAGCCCUUUGAAAGUCUAUUCUUUGGACGGAUAUACAAUGCCAGGAGACAUCCAUCUGAAUAUUGUUGGUAUUAGAAUCAACAUUACCCCGUGAUGUGGGUGGGACUAUGUUGUGUUAUGGGAUAAAAAUAACUUGAUUUCAUCUCAAUUUGUCAUUAUAACGGGUUUGUUCAUCAUUGAUUUGUGUUAAAUUGUACAGAUUAAAUUGUUUUAACAUUGUAACCUUUUGAAUAUGCCAAACCAGACCUUUCUUGAUUCACAACAACACUAGGGACACGUGGGAAGAACUGCGAUUCGAGCAUAAGCAAAGUGAUGUAUUGCUGGCAAAUUUAAAUUCCUUCGUCAACUGUCAAUCUGAAGAAAGCGGGCUUGAAAAUGGCAUCCUUUUUCAAUUUCCGUAAAAUCUUUAAAUUGGGCGCUGAGAAGAAGAAGAAGCAAUAUGAACAUGUGCACCGAGAUGAGAAUCCAGAGGAGAUAUGGGAGAUAAUUGGAGAGCUGGGAGACGGAGCCUUCGGAAAGGUCUACAAGGCCCAGAACAAGCUAACAGGGAUACAGGCUGCAGCUAAAGUGAUCGAUACCAAAACGGAGGAGGAGCUCGAGGACUAUAUGGUGGAGAUCGAUAUCCUGGCCUCCUGUGACCAUGACAACAUUGUCAAACUGCUGGACGCCUUCUACUACGACGGCAAGCUCUGGAUUCUGAUCGAGUUCUGUGCCGGUGGAGCCGUGGACGCCAUCAUGUUGGAGCUGGAGAGGCCCCUGACAGAGCCUCAGAUCCGGGUGGUUUGCAAGCAGACCCUGCAGGCCCUCCUCUACCUCCAUGACCACAAGGUGAUCCACAGAGACCUGAAGGCUGGAAACAUCCUGCUGUCCCUGAAUGGAGAUGUGAAACUAGCUGAUUUUGGCGUGUCGGCCAAAAACACCAAGACUCUGCAGAGGAGAGACUCCUUCAUCGGGACGCCGUAUUGGAUGGCCCCGGAAGUAGUGAUGUGUGAGACGUCCAAGGACCGGCCGUACGACUACAAGGCAGACAUCUGGUCCCUGGGGGUCACACUGAUUGAGUUGGCCCAGGUGGAGCCUCCCAACCACGAGAUGAACCCCAUGAGAGUCCUGCUCAAAAUUGCCAAGGCCGAGCCGCCUACUCUGAUGCAGCCGUCAAAAUGGUCUCCGGAGUUCAGUGACUUCCUAAGGAAGUGUCUGGAUAAGAAUGUGGAUAACCGGUGGAAUGUGGCCCAGCUACUGCAGCACCCAUUUGUGAGCACUGUGACUGACAGCAGACCACUGAGAGAGCUCAUUGCUGAAGCCAAGGCUGAGGUCUACGAGGAGAUUGAGGAACACAAGGAAGAAGAGGAGGAAGACGAAGGAGAGACUCAACGGGGUCACAAACGUGCCGCAUCUGAUGCUAGCAUUGCCAGUUCGGAGGACGAAAAACUCCCUCAGUCUCCCUCAGCUUCCAUCUUGGAAUCUGUACCAGAGAAGACUGAACCAGUCUUUCCCACUACUGUUGGAACGAUCUCAGAACCGUGUAUUGUCAAGCCAGGGAUGGACCACGAGGUGGAUAAUAACUUUGUAGAGGAGACCUCUGCCCACGCCGAAGUGGAGAAAUUAGAGGGGACCACUAACAUUCCAGCAAAUGGAGAGAUAACAGAAAUCGGUGAGAAACCAAUAGAGGUGAAUGAAGAGGACAAUAAUGUUCCAGAAAUAGCAAAGGAUACCCCAGCAGAACCCAUGCACAUAGGUUCCCCAGAACCAGCUGAGAAACCAGCAGAUCCUCAACCCGAAGAAGCCAUUUCCAAUUCUGAAGUUGUCACACCCGACAAGGAGCUGGAACAACUGGCUAUCUCUAAUCACAACGAGAAGGAAGUGGACACAGCUGAUGUCCCGGUCAGUGAGGUUACCACAGAAGAGGUGAAGGAAGACAAGAUUCUGGUGGAUCUGACCAACAAGGAAUCUGCUAUAAAGGCAAAGGUCAUCGUGCUGAUCCCAGAGGAGAGUCAAGUGGAAGACAAAACCACACCUCUAACGCCCACUGUCCUGAAAGUCGAGGAAGGCGAAAAAGAUGUGGAGUUAGUGGAGGAAAAGCUGACUGCGGAGGAGACUGGGACUCCAGUCAAGUCUAAGGAUGAGAAGGAUUCGGAUUCUGGAAGUAGUUCCGCUGCAGAUAACAGCAGCAUAGACAUGAAUCUGUCUAUCUCCAGCUUCUUGACUAAAACCAAGGAGCCAGGAACUGUCUCCAUACAGGACACCAAGCGGCAGAAGAAGACACUGAAGAAGACCCGUAGGUUCAUGGUGGACGGUGUUGAAGUUAGCGUGACGACGUCUAAGAUCGUAACCGACAAUGACACCAAGAAUGAGGAGAUGAGAUUCCUCAGGCGCCAGGAGCUAAGGGAGCUGCGUCUCCUUCAGAAGGAGGAGCAAAGGGCCCAGCAGCAGCUAAGCAACAAACUACAGCAGCAAAAAGAGCAGAUAUACCGCCGUUUUGAACAGGAGAUGACCAGUAAGAAACGUCAGUACGACCAGGAGGUGGAGAACCUGGAGAGGCAACAGAAGCAGACCAUCGAGAGGCUGGAGCAGGAGCACACUAACCGGCUGAGGGACGAGGCCAAACGUAUCAAGGCCGAGCAGGACAAGGAGCUGUCCAAGUUCCAGAACAUUCUCAAGAACCGCAAGAAAGAGGAGCAGGAGUUUCUUCAGAAACAGCAACAGGAGCUGGACUGUGCUCUUAAGAAGAUCAUCCAGCAACAUAAACACGAGCUGGCCACCAUUGAGAGAGACUGCCUCAACCAUAAACAGCAGCUCCUCAGAGCGCGGGAAGCAGCUAUGUGGGAGCUGGAAGAGCGCCACCUACAGGAGAAACACCAGUUGCUCAAACAGCAGCUGAAAGACCAGUACUUCAUGCAGAGACACCAGCUGCUCAAGAGGCACGAGAAGGAAAUGGAGCAGAUGCAGCGGUACAACCAGCGUCUCAUUGAGGAGAUGAAGAACCGCCAGACACAGGAGCGGGCCCGCUUACCGAAGAUUCAGCGUAGCGAGGCCAAGACGCGCAUGGCCAUGUUCAAGAAGAGCCUGCGCAUCACCGGGGGCCCCAUCACCCCAGAGCAGGAGAGGGAGAAGAUCAAACAGUUUGCAGCCCAGGAGGAGAAGAGGCAGAAGAAUGAGAGGCUCCACCAGCAUCAGAAACAUGAGAACCAGAUGAGAGACCUUCAGCAGCAAUGUGAUGCCAACAUAAGGGAACUCCAGCAACUCCAGAAUGAAAAGUGCCACCUGCUGAUUGAACACGAGACUCAUAAGCUGAAGGAGCUGGAUGAGGAGCACAGCCAGGAGCUGAAGGAGUGGAGAGACAAACUCCGGCCAAGAAAGAAGGCCCUGGAGGACGAGUUUGCCAGGAAGCUUCAGGAGCAGGAGGUCUUCUUCAAGAUGAGCGGGGAGUCAGAGUGCCUUAACCCGUCGGCCCAGAGCCGAAUCUCCAAGUUCUACCCCAUCCCCAGUGUUCACUCCACUGGCUUCUGAGUGCAGUCCGCAGGGACAUAAGCACCCCGCACACACACAUUGAAGGAACACACAAAACACACAACGAACAGAUACACCCUCCAGAUGGAUACACAUCCGACUGAGCUGACACAAACGCACACAGACUAAUGAUUUAACACAGACUAAACCUCUGCUGCCUUGGCCCCGCCCCCAACAAUGACAAAACAGGGGGCUGAAGGGGGAUGUCUCCAAGGGGUGUGUCUUUACCCCUCUGGGGGGGGGGUGUACUCUAGCUCCGGAGGAGGAUUGGAUAGUAGCAUUCAAGCUAUGGACAGUGUUCAUUUUGAAGACCCUUUCAAUGGUAAUGAUCUCAAGUUCCUGUUUAAUAGGACACCAUAGCAAAGUGUUUUGCUACAGAAUGCGUAAAUCUGUGUUCUUAUUAUAGAAGUAGUACCUCCCUGUUUCACUCCAUUUCAAAACUUUUUUUCUGAAUCGACUGAACACAGCCCAGUUUUAUUAUUACAGUCUUGUAACUUCCUCUUUUCACAUGAUGACAAAUAGAGCUAUGAGGGACGUUCUUGACAUUAUGCAUUUUCAUGUCCAGUACUCUGGCCCGAUGUUACCCAAAACCUUGCCUCCCAUCCACUGAAGUGUUCCUGGCCAAUUCCCUUUUUUAUUUAAUUUUUUUAUUUAUUUUUUU